AUGUCUUCAGUAACUUCCAGGUUGCGUAGAGGGAGUUGUCAGCAAGAUUCGUCUGAUUUGCCCGUGACACAACCAGAAGCUGCCUUCUUGCCGCCUGAAAAGUCGCAAGACUCACCGUUACUUUCGGACAAGGACUCUCAGAGCUCCGAUGACGGUGGUAUUCUUGCCUCGAGUAAAGUUUUUGCUAAACACCACGAUGGUCCGCCUACUUCUUCCGAGGACAGAGUCAGGCAAGUCCAACCAUGGCCGCAGAAACCCAACCAGGCAAAAUACACCGACUUGAGACCAUACCAUGCAACGUCGUCGAAUUCGCCACGAUACAUGGUCAAAAAUAUUAUGAACAAGACGAAAGACUUGCCACUUGAGCAACCAACCCUGGAUGAUGCCGAAUUUGAGACAUUGACAAGGCUCAUGGACAACAAGCAGAAACACACGGUGCCUAGUUUCAAAUCAAAGAUUGCAUUCAGGGCAUUAUACUUCUUACUUCUUGCCGCGCUCGUGUACUUUACGCUUGUUGGAUGGCCGCUCUGGCCCGGCAGCGUGGUCUGGUUCUGGCGAUGGUAUCAAGGCCAGGUUGGCAGCCAUCAUAUUGCCGGACUCGUCGCUUUUCUAGCCGCAGGCAUGGUUCGCAACAUCCUGCCUCAGUUUCUCUGCACAUUCGACGUCCCUAGACAGGAGCCAAAGGAAGUCGAGGAGCAGGGUGUGUCUCAGUGCUGCGUCAUUAUACCCUGUUAUAAAGCGGCCGAGACACUGCGUUCCACGCUGCCCGCGUGUCUGGCAAUAUUCAGCCCCGAGCAAAUCUUCGUUGUGGCCAACGGAAAUUCGAGCGUUCCGCUUGACAACACGGCCGAUAUAUGCUCGGAGUUUGGGGUGCGGCACGUUUGGCUUCCCGUGGGCAGCAAGAUCACGGCCGAGUUUGUCGGCGUGACGCUGGGAAAGGAGUUUCAGUACUGCUUGCUGAUAGACGAUGACGUCCUAUUGCCCCCCAGCCUACCCAUAUCGACGCAGUGGUUCAAUGCCCCCGGCCAUGAGAACGUGGCGUGUGUUGGGUAUACCAUCAAAAGCGUGGGGUCGAACUCGUCUCGCGGAACAAUCAUUCAGCAAGCUCAAGACCUUGAGUACAAGAUAGCGGGACUUACAAAGGUGUUUCAGUCCAAAUACGGCAGCACCGUCUUCCCGCAUGGCGCCAUCGCAUUAUGGCGCCGUGAUAUUCUAGAGAAGAUACUCCACGCUCAUCCGGGGUACAGCAUUUCCGAAGACUGGUGGCUCGGCCAUACAGCAAGAUGUGCUGGCUAUCGCAUCCUGAUGAGCUCAUCAGUUUUUGUCGAGACCGAAACACCACCGCGUCUCUUCCCAGCCUGGUUCUCUCGCACAAAGGGCUCGCGGUCUGGUUACGGCGAAAUGUCAGUCAUCCAGCAGCGCUUCUUCCGCUGGAGCUUCUUCUACCUCUUUCGUAUCUGGGCAAACACAUUGUAUCUGAUAUUCAGCUGGCGCCUGGGCUGGCGAGUGCUUAUUACAAAGGUGUACGUCUUGGGAGAAAUCUAUGAUACACUCAUCAAGCUAUUCACCCCGGUCUUCCUCCCCGUCGCCAUGAUAGCCCAUUGGCGCUUGACGCUGAUUUUAUGGUUCGGAACCAUCUUGGCGAACUUUCUGCUCUCCUGUUGGUUCAACUUGAUUCAUCUGGGUCUUCUCAGACGAGGGAGCCCUAAUGAGCGAGUUUCCUGGCUGGCAUUCCCGGCCUUUUUUCUCAUCAAGUUUGUCAUGGCGUUUGUGACGGUAGCGAGCGUAUAUUGGACCAUCUACCAAUACGCAGUCUUCUUUGCUCGGCAGCACCUCCGGGUGACUGAGAGCGUGCCGGCUUGGAAAGUAAUCAGGGAGAAAUAUGAGAACAUGUCAGAAAAAGAACCUGAGUUAACCGGUGUCGCACCCAAAAUCUCUGAGACAAACAGUAGCAAGAAAUAG